AUGUCAGACGUGACUGAGACACUCGAUCUGUCUGCUCAACUCGCUGCUCUUACUGCCCAGAUGAAUGAAGAAUGCGAGAAAAUGAGGAAGCUCGAAGCUGAGAAUGCUGACCUGCUCGUACGAGUGGAGGCCAUGUCCUCUCAAGCCACCAAGGCUCAGCCAUCCCGCUUCCGAGGCCCAGUCAGCCCUAUGCAACCUCUGGGAGACCUCACUCCUAUCUCUAACAGUGAUGGACCGAAUCAGACAGUUCCAUCACCCUCGGUAAGGAAUUAUCAAACUCCACCCACCAUGUCUAACAUUCAAAAUUAUGUUGUCAAUACAGGCGAACAGAUUCCAGGAGUCAGCCAGCCAGCCGGUGCAGCUGGACAGCAACAGAUUCCAGGAGCCAGGCAGCCAGCCACUGGACCCGGACAGCAGCAAGUUCCAAGUGCUAGUCAGCCUACCAUUGGAGCCAGCCAGACCAUCAUUGGAGCUGGUCAGAAUAUACUUGAGCAGCAGGCAAUCGGAUUGAAUCACCCAGUCAUGAGCGAGCCAAUCCGCCAAGCGACCACAAGCUCAUUUCCAAUCCAAGAUCCUGAGUUGGCUCGAAAGUUAGCUGAGAUGGAGGCGCUCAUUCAACGGAUUCCUGGAAUUCCGGCUCCGAUUAAGAAGAGUGCAGCAAGCUGUUAUGCAGACUCUCCAUUCGUAGACGACAUUGCACUAGUGGAAAUGCCAAAGAAGUUCAACUUCCCGAAUAUGAAGAUGUUUGACGGGACGUCUGACCCGGAUGAUCACAUCGCACAGUAUAGGCAGAGGAUGUUCACCAUUGCCAUCCCACGCGAUAUGAGGGAGGCAUGCAUGUGUAAGGGGUUUGGUUCUAGUCUGAUUGGACCAGCCCUCCAGUGGUAUACUAAUUUACCCAAUAAUUCUAUUUCUACUUUUGCACAAUUGACUGACACUUUUGUUGAGCAGUUUGAUAGUAGCAGGAAACUUGAAAAGUCUGCAGAAGACCUCUACAUCAUAGUUCAACGACGAGGUGAGCCCUUACGAGAGUACGUAGGCCGCUUCAACAAAGAGAAGGUUUCUAUAACCCAUUGUAAUCAGGACACAGCCAUCUCAGCCUUCUGCAAAGGACUCCGCUACGACUCAGACCUAUACAAAGAACUUACCAAGUAUCCUUGCAAGACGAUGGAAGGCGUUCUCGCCAAAGCCUGGGCACAGAUCAAGUGGGAGGAGGAUGAAGCUAACUAUUAUCACUCUUCUCCAAGGAAAGACACCCGAAGAGACUCAAGGGCAGGCAGACGGCAGAGUGAUAGACGAUCCGAGCCAUACCCGUAUCCCAACAGAUCAGAGAACAGAAGGAGGGAGUACAACCGGUCGUCCGAGACACGUCUGCGAGAUGGACCAAAGAUACCAGAGUACAAUCUUUCAAUUUCACCAGCCGAAGUCGUUGGCGUACUGAAAGGACUCGGAGACAAAGUGAAAUGGCCGGAAAGGAUGAGGACUCCGUCUGACCAGCGAGACAAAGCAAAAUGGUGUGAAUUCCACAAUGACCACGGUCACCGAACGGAUGAGUGCAUUGCCUUAAGACUUGAAGUAUCCAACCUAUUAAAACGUGGUCACCUGACUGACUUACUUACAGACAAAGGCAAAAGAACAUUCCAGCAGGAGGCAGACAGGUCAGUCGUCCGAAGAGAAGUAACCCCGCCGAAGCCACCUACUCAUGAACGGACGGUGAACGUAAUAACUGGUGGCUCUGAGGUAAGCGGAGUCACCCAUUCAGCAGCCAAAAGACAUGCCAGGCAGACCAACUGGAUCAAAGGAGAGUCCAGCGAGACAGAGAAGAAUACCAUCAACCUACCAGCUCAAACCAUCAGUUUCUCAACAACAGAGUCAACCAGACUCCUCAACCCACAUCAUGAUGCUCUUGUCAUUGCACUUUACAUUGCUAAUUGUCUUACUAAACGUAUACUUAUUAAUAAUGGUAGUUCAGCUAACAUUUUAUUUUUAAGUGCUCUCAGGGAAAUGGGGAUAGAUGAAUCAAAGAUUAUAAAGAAGACUACAAUCCUCAUCGGUUUCAGUGGAGAACAAAAGAACACACUAGGAGAGAUCGAGCUACCUGUCUAUGCCGAAGGAGUCAAUCUAUGCACAAGAUUUCUGGUAGUAGACUCUCCGUCUGCUUACAACGUGAUACUAGGUCGACCAUGGAUACAUGAAAUGGAGGCAGUCCCUUCAACAUACCACCAAGUCCUAAGGUUCCCAACUAAAUGGGGAGUAAAAGAAAUUAAAGGCCAACAGAAAGAUUCGACAGCAUGUUACCAGACUAACAUGAAGGCCAAACCCUCUCAGUUAUAG